AUGGAUAGUGGAUGCUCAAGGCAUAUGACUGGAAAUACUCCAAACUUUCUCUCUUUGGAAGCACACCAAAGUGGUGGUGUGUCAUUUGGCGGUGGAAAGAAAGGUUUUAUUCUUGGUAUUGGCAAGAUAAGAAGAACUCCAGAUCAUUCCAUAGACAGUCAUAGACGACUGGGUCAUGUAAGUACCUCUUUACUUAACAAGCUUGUUGCAGGGGACCUGGUCCGCGGAGUACCAAAGCUGAAGUUCUCAAAUGACAAAGUCUGUGACGCCUGUGCAAAAGGCAAACAAACCAAAUUUUCUUUCAAGGCAAAGAAGGGUGUGAGAACUACCAAACCUUUGGAACUUUUCCACAUGGAUCUGUGUGAACCUGUCAGAAUUCAAAGUAGAGGAGAAGUGAUGAAGGGAGACCAUGAGAUGGAAGAGCUGAUCAAGAAAAGGGAAGACAAGGAUAUCCUAAAUCCUGGAAACAAACAGGUUGCAAAGGAAAUUGCUGCAGAUCUCACAGGAGCACCUGGUCCCUCUAAUACUACCCAGAAUGUUCCAUCUCAAAAUCAUGAAGUUGAUGAUGCUGAAUCUGAUGCUGAAAUCGAAGAAGAGUUGAUCAGAAAGUCCGGAUGGAAACAUCAAUUCUCACAUCCAUUGGACAAUCUCAUCUCUCCACUUGACUCGGGAAUUGAAACUAGAUCCAGGACAAGAAAUCUAGUUGCAUAA